AUGGCAACUUUUGCCCUAUACUUGUCGGCAUACACCGAAAACUUGGAUUUCGUGAGUCGGGCCAGAAAGUCUCCCAUACACACACCCUCUCAUUACUCGGGGUCGUCAGAGUUGAAAUGCUACAAGAGCCUGCUGGAAGCGUACAAAUACUUCACAGCUGGGUUAGUUGGAAACCAUCUGAUUGCUGGUGUUGAUGUGGCCGUGGGAUCUUCAAAAGGUCGGCAUUAUGUCAUGACGGCUUUCGUUGGACAUUCUCAGAAACAAAAUGAAGCUUCAUUGAAGGUAUGGGUGGCUGCAAAAGAUGAUGGAAACAUUCUUACAGCACAUUGCACAUGUAUGGCCGGAAUGGGUGAAACCUGUUCCAACAUCACUGCUGUUCUAUUUGCAGUUGAAGCAGCUAUCAGAUCAAGAGUGAGGGCUUCUUGUACUGAUCUUCCAUGCAGAUGGUUGAAUCCAGGUUCCAAAACCCAAGUAAUAUGUGUUCCUGCAUCAGAUGUAGAUUUCUCAAGGCCCGACAUCAACUGCAAAGUUCCAACUCCAAAGUCAUCUGCCAAACCCUUACCUCCACCUUCUUCACAUGCCAGAGACGAAUUCUACAAGGCAUUGUACAAUAGUGGUGUAAAAAGUACUGUGUUGUCAACUCUCCCACAGUAUAGUGCUGACUUCAUACCUAUAUAAGCUACAUUCAUUGCCGCCAUCUAUCAUGACCCACAUGUUGUUUAUCCACAUCUGACCAAGGUACUCAACUGAAGGAAAAUCAUCAGUAUUACUAUCAAAUUCAAACUCAACUCCAUUCAACCAAAAGGAAGUACUGUGAUUUUGUUGUGUGGACUCCAUCACAAAUACACAUACAAAGGAUAGAAUUUAAUGCAAAUUUCUUUUAAUGUAUACUAUAAAAGGUCUCUUCCUUUUAUAAGGUCUGUAUUUUGUUUUAAGUUAUUGGAAAGUGGUUUACACAAUCUAGGCCUUUAGCUGUGCAGGAUUUAAAUGCUACUUUUGGCAAUGAAGGGCAGCCCACAGUGUGGUGCUACUGCAGACGAGCAGAUUUGAAGGCACAAUUUGUCUCAUGUUAUUCUGAUAAAUGUCAAAUAAAAAAGUUUCAUAUGAGCUGUGUUAAACUAAAAGUUGCUCCAAAGCGCAAGUGGUUCUGUAAAGAUUGUAGAAAGGAAGAGGAAUAAUUGUUUAAGACAAAGAAAGCAUGUUAUGAAGGCAAAAUUA